CACAACAGAAAUGGCUCUCUCUUCUCGUUCCCUCACAUUUUCCUUCCUCUUUCUCACCAUCCAAACACUAUUCUUCCGUUCGCAAGCCCAAGUUCCUGACUCGGAAACAUUCAAGUUUGUCAAUCAAGGAGACUUCGGAGACUAUGUAAUUGAGUACGAUGGGAAUUACCGCGUUCUUCAGCCUUUCGCCGCUCCAUUUCAGCUUUGCUUUUACAACACGACUCCCAAUGCGUAUACCUUGGCCUUACGAAUGGCCUUGGUCCAUUCGGAGUCACUCUUUAGAUGGGUAUGGGAAGCAAACAGAGGCAACCCGGUGGGGGAGAAUGCGACCCUGACGUUAGGGAAGGACGGGAACUUAGUCCUGGCGGAUGCCGACGGCCGCGUCGCGUGGCAAACCAACACUGCAAACAAGGGAGUGGUUGGCUUGAAGUUGUUUUCGAACGGUAACAUGGUUCUGCGUGAUGCCAAGGGAAAUUUCGUCUGGCAAAGUUUCGAUUACCCAACAGAUACUCUCUUGGUGGGGCAAUCCCUUCGACUUGGAUCAAAACUUGUGAGCAGAGCCUCCGCGGAAAACAACGUUAACGGCCCUUAUAGCUUCGUGGUGGAGCCUAAGCAAUUGGGUUUGUGCCACAAGAGCAGUAACUCUCCUAAGCCAUUGCUUUAUUUCUCCUCGUCUGAAUGGUUUAACAUCACCAAGGGCACAUUGGUUAACGUUACAUUCAGCGUUUCAGAAACAGAUGAAGGCUAUUCUUACUACUUCGGACUCGACGCCAAUUGGGCCAAUCCAACUGGGUCUGUAGGUCGGUACUUGGCUAGGUCCAAAUACAAUGGUACAUCGACAUUGCUACGACUUGGAAUCGAUGGAAAUAUAAGGUUCUACACUUACAACGACAAGGUCGAUGUAGGAGCAUGGGAGAUGACCUAUAUCUUGUUCGACAGAGAUUCCGGCGACGUCAGUGAAUGCCAGUUACCAGAAAGGUGUGGAAAAUUUGGGCUCUGUGAGGAUAGCCAAUGCGUUGCUUGCCCAUUACCAAGCGGGUUGAUGGGUUGGAGUAAAACUUGUGAGCCCGUCAAGGUGACAUCUUGCAAGGCCAGUGACUUCUACUAUUACAAGCUGGAAGGAGUGGACCACUUCUUAAGUAGGUACACGAAAGGAGAUGGGCCAGUGAAGGAAAGCAACUGUGCGAGUAAGUGUACAAAGGACUGCAAGUGCAUGGGUUAUUUCUAUCACAAGGACACCUCUAGGUGUUGGAUUGCUUAUGAUCUCAAGACUCUUACGAGGGUUGAAAACUCAGGGCACGUGGGCUAUAUAAAGGCUCCCAAGAAACAGUGAAAACCUUGUUUGAAGAAGUUUGUGCUUAUGUAGUCAAUAAAAGGAGUUGUGAUCUUAAAUUAUUUCCACCAAGUGGUUAUUAUUGUUACUGUUAUUUGUUUCUUAGAAUAAGUUUCUGCCUCAUUUUUCAUUGUGGGCUGAGGCUGUCUUUGUUGAUUGGAGAUCUUUGUGUGUGAUGGGUCCUUAUAGGGCUGCUGUAGUUUUUCUUUUGGCCCUUUUUUAUUUUGCUCUUUUACUAGAAGAGACAGGAAAAAUGAUGUCAUAUAUUAAUAUAUUAAUUAUUAGAUA